AUGGGAACUAUACAAGAGGCAGCAGAAAGGACACUAGAUCUUGGGGUCAGGGAUAAUGCAGAAGCUGCAGAACUAGGAGCAACCCUGAGACUUGAGGAACUGGAGUUGAAAGAAGAAUGGCAGGAUGAAGAAUUCCCCCGAUUGCUUUCUGAAGAGGUUGGUCCUUCUGAAGACCCUAAAGGAGACUCACAGUCAGGUCAAUAUCCCAGCACUCUAUCCCUGUGUGGCCAGCGCCCCAUGCGUAAGCGGCUGUCUGCCCCAGAGUUGCAGCUGGAUCUGACUAAAGGGCCUGGAAAUAAUGGAACUUCUCCCAUCCAUUCUGCACCUUCCUCUGAUGGCAGUUCUGACCUACAAGUAGACGAAUUGGAGACACCUUCAGACUCGGAGCAGCUGGACAGUGGACAUGAAUUUGAAUGGGAAGAUGAGCUACCCCGGGAAGAAGGUCUCGGGGCCAGUGAGGCAGUUGAAAGGCUAGGUCGGGGUUGUGUGUGGGAUGUGGCUGGAGAAGAUGGUCAUCGCUGGAGGGUGUUCCGAACAGGACAACGGGAGCAGCGAGUGGACAUGACUGUCAUCGAACCCUAUAAGAAAGUCCUAUCUCACGGAGGUUACCAUGGUGAUGGCCUCAAUGCUGUUAUCCUCUUUGCUUCCUGUUAUCUGCCCAGAAGCAGCAUCCCCAACUACACCUAUGUCAUGGAACACUUGUUUAGGUAUAUGGUGGGAACUCUGGAGCUGCUAGUAGCUGAAAAUUAUCUACUUGUUCACUUGAGUGGAGGUACAAGUCGGGCCCAGGUGCCAUCACUGAGCUGGAUACGCCAGUGUUACCGUACUCUAGAUCGACGGCUCCGAAAGAAUCUGCGAGCCUUGGUGGUUGUUCACGCUACAUGGUAUGUGAAGGCAUUUCUGGCACUGCUUCGGCCCUUCAUCAGUUCCAAAUUCACACGAAAAAUCCGGUUUCUGGACAGCCUUGGAGAACUGUCCAAACUCAUCUCUCUUGAUCAGGUCCACAUCCCUGAAGCUGUCAGACAGCUGGACCAGGAUCUCCAUGGCUCAAGAGGGACCUAGCACAAGACUGCAUAAGUGGCC